CCCCCGAGAUCACGUGGUUUUUGUUUUCACGUGAUUAAUAUGGCGGUGGUGGUAAUCGGUUUGCGAGGAUAACGAUACCACGUGGAAAAAUGAAAGUCGAAUAUCUAGUUGUAGAUUCGGGAGCUUUAAUUAAAAAUGCGCCUGUACAUGAAAUAGGCAAAAAUAUUUAUACAGUUGAAGAACUGGUCCAUGAAAUUAAGGAUAAAGCAACAAAGCAACGCUUACAAUGUUUACCAUAUCAAUUUAAAUUUAGAAAACCAUCUUCAGAUAUUAUUAAACUUGUUACAGAAUUUUCAAAAAAGACGGGAGAUUAUCCUAGUUUAUCAGCCACAGAUAUACAACUGAUUGCAUUAACAUUUUUACUUGAAAAAGAGAAUGUUGGUGUUGACCAUUUAAAUAUUAAAAUGCCACUGAAACAGACAAGCAUUGAACCUUAUUCAUCUGAUAAGAAUGCUUCGUUGAUUGGAUUUUAUUUUCCUCCUGAUGAAUCUUCUGAAAGAAAUUUAAAUGAAGAUGAAAAAAAUAAUUUAGAAACUGAGCCAGAAAAUAGGAAUUUGGAUAAUAUUACUAAUUCUAAAGAAACAGAAAAUCAAGAGAUGAAAAAUGAAAAAGAAGUGGAUUUACCUAACAGCAUUGAUAUUGAGUACAACGAAACUAAUGAUAGCGAUGAUGGUGAUGAUGAAGGUUGGAUUACACCUUCAAAUAUUGAAAAAGUGAAAAAAGAAAUGAACUGUCUAUCUGUUGAUGAUUCUCCUAUUACUGUUGCUUGUAUAACUACAGAUUUUGCAAUGCAGAAUGUCUUAAUUCAAAUGGGCCUUAAAGUAGUAUCAGUGGAUGGAAUGCAGAUUCGUAAAGUGAAAACUUUCAUUCUUCGUUGUCAUGCUUGUUUUAAAACUACAAGUGAUAUGAACAAAAUAUUUUGUCCCAAUUGUGGUAAUAGAACAUUGAAACGUGUUUCUGUAACUGUAAAUGAUGAUGGAACAAGAUUGAUCCACAUAAACUUUCGGAAACCAAUUAAUAUUCGUGGUACCAGAUAUUCAUUACCAAUGCCUAAAGGAGGAAAGCAUGCAGAUAAUCCACUUCUUUUUGAAGAUCAACCUAUUCCACAGAAUAGACCUUCACAUCUUGCUAGAAAAAAGGUGGAUGUUUUUGAUCCAGACUACAUUGCUAAUUCUUCUCCGUUUGCAAUUAAUGAUGUGUAUAGUCGAGCAGCAAACCUUGGCAUUCGUAAUCAAAAGUUCAAUAAAAAAAAUGCCAGAAGAAAAAAAUAAACAAUAUUGUACUGUAUAAAUUUAAUAAUAAAAUAAUAUUAA